GCGAACGCCGAACGCAACGGACGUGUUUUAUUCUCCGUCCGCAGUCUGUCCCAUCGAAACGGAAAGCGGUAGCAAACAAAAUAUUAAGGAAUGGAUUUUUGCGAAUUUGGUAAACGUAGCUCGAGUACGGAUAACACAAAACUCUCGGCCGUUCGAAACUGAUAAGUGCAACUUGUGAAAUUGAUACUGGAGCGUGAGCCCUUGAUUGAAAUGCGCGGAAGUUUCCACUUGUCGAACAGUCGGAGCUAUCAGAGCCACAGGCCCAGCCAAACCCACAGGUGCCCCACUAGUCGACGACGUCGCCACUGUAGCUAAUUGUGAGCCAUUAAUUGAUUGGCAGCGAACAGGGCACCAUCAGCUCCACCGACCAGACACGCCCCCUUUUGUUUUCGAAAAGGCAUCACAACCACCUCUCCAACCGCCCCCGCAAAGCCAAUAGAAUAGAAGGCCAAUAAAAUAUAUAAAGAAAAAGAGCAACACCCGCUUGCACACUCUCACGCAAAAUGAAGGGACAGCAGGAGGAGCAGCUGGUGCCGCCGCCGGCCUACAAGCCCACAGUCGCCAAGGACACGGCGAAGGACUCCCGCGCGAAGGAGAAGCCCCUCGGCGAGGGUCGCCUGGCCGUGCUGCGGCAGGAACUGAUGGUCUUCCUGGGCAACAGCGGCGUCGUCGGCUGCGGAAUGGUUGUCAGCAUGCCGGCCGUUACUCUCAACCAGCUGCACGACGAAACGCAGCCCUUUUGGCUCAACAAGGAUGAGUCGAGUUGGUUUGCCUCCAUUCAGAACAUGGCGUGUCCUUUGGGUGGACUUCUGGUCAGCUACUUCCUGGACAGGAUUGGCCGCAAACACACCAUCCUGCUGACCAAUCUGAUAGGACUGAUUGGCUGGAUCCUGUUGGUAACCAGUUUCAUGCACUCCGAUCGCGACAUGAUCUACUAUCAAAUGCUGUUGGGUCGUUGUUUUAGCGGUAUCAUGAUCGGCAUGUUCGUAUCGCCAGUGGGUGUCUACUCCGCCGAGAUUAGUUUACCCAAGAUACGCGGUCGCCUGAUCCUGGGCACCUCGCUGGGAUUGGCCAGCGGCAUUCUGCUGAUGUACUGCCUCGGCUACUUCCUUCGUCACAACAUCCAACUGAUCUUCGGCAUCAGUUGCUGCUACCAACUGGCGGCCACACUGCUCGUCUUCCCCAUGCCGGAAUCGCCCAUCUGGCUGCUCACUCGAGGGAAGGAGGAGCGGGCCAGGAAAUCCCUCAGAUACUUCCGUGGACUGCCCAAAAAAGAGGUGGACUACGUACCAGAAUUCGAGGCGGAGCUGGCGCACAUGAAGGAGUUGGCGAAUGCGAGCAACACCACCGCCGCCGGCGAGUCCCUCAGCCAGAUGAUCCAUCGUCCAGAGGUCUACAAGCCCGUCCUGAUGAUGACCACGUUCUUUGGAUUCCAACAGGCGUGCGGCGUGGUGGUGAUCAUCGUCUACGCCGUCCAGAUUGCCCAGCAGGCGGGAGUUACCAUCGAUCCCGUGCUGGUGGCCGUAAUGCUGGGCGUGGCCAGGAUAAUCACCACGCUAUUCAUGAGCGGCAUCUUCGAGAAGUGGGGCCGCAAGCCGUCUGGGAUCUUCUCGGCCACCGGAAUGGGCGCCUGCAUGCUGCUCCUGGCUGGUGGGAACUGGUUUCCGGACACACUGGGCACCUUGCACUGGCUACCGGUGGCCUGUAUUGUCGCCCACAUCGUAUUCUCCACGAUGGGCAUGCUGACGCUGCCCUUCUUCAUGAUCUCCGAGGUUUUCCCGCAGCGGGCGAGAGGCAGUGCCUCCGGGAUAGCCAUCUUCUUCGGCAUGAUUCUGUCCUUCAUAAUGCUGAAGAUAUACCCGAAUAUGGAGUCCGCUUUGGGCACAGCCAAUCUAUUUGCCUUCUAUGCGGGAAUAUCCUUCCUGGCGGCCGUCUUUAUCGGCGCCUUUGUCCCGGAGACGAGGGGCAGGACUCUCGAGGAGCUGGAGGAGCGCUGGCAGACCGGCAAGUUCUCACGCCGCCUCACAAUCGUCAAUCUGAAGGAUGUGGAGCUGCACGAAGUGUUCCUAAAGAAAUAGAAACAUCAGGAUGAUUAGAUAAGAUGAAACAUACAAGAAGUGGACAAAUUCUGGGGACCAUAGUAAAGUAACGAGUUCCAUUGACAUUUUCAAAAGAAAUGUUACAAAUAAUACAAAUGUGCUUGUGGAACACGCAUUUCCAUAUAGAAAUAGGGUCGGGUUUUUCAAUCUGUGAUGUGUUAAGUACUUAGCCUUGGCAGCCAUGGAAUGCGGCAAUUUGAUAAUCAAUAAAAACCAUUUACCAAAUGAUGCAGUGCAUAUUGGUGAGGCGACAAAGAAGCUUCUGACAUCUAUAUAUACACAUUUUUUUUUGUUUUUUUUUUUUAUAUUUCUUACAUUUACGCCUUGUAUUAUUAAUAAAAAAGAAAAAAAAACUUGCUAAAUGCAGCAUACAUGCCAACACA